AUGGCCUCAUGUUCUCACGAUGGAGAUGCCAACGCCUGUAAUAAUGAAUGGACCACUCUUCACGAGCUCUGCCGAGAAGUGGAGACAUAUAAAGUUCAAGUGCAUGUAUUCUUUGUGACGCCGUACUCAAGUUAUUUGAAAGUGAGGGUGCUCGGUGCCGGGAUUUCUGGUCUAUGA